CGUCCACUGAGCCCCGGCCCGUCACCCUGGGAGUCCCGGACCAGGGAGGCGGGAAGUGGCGCUGCCAGAUGUCUGAGGAGGUAGUCUUUGGCCCUACGGUAGUCUAGGUGAGGCCCUGAGUGAAUUUUGGCGUUCUGCCCAUCCCAAGAAAGAAGUUAUGCCACAGUAUGUCGGCCUUGUUGUCAGUUCUGGAUGUCCCGAUUAUGACGUAUGUCCUCACUUUUUUCGUCAGUGUCUCACAAAAGUGACAACUUGGGUGAAAUGGAGCAGCCUUACAUAGUCAGUAGGAGGAAGUACAGUCACAAUCGGUAUCAAAUAUUAGGGUCCCAUGUUCGGGGUAAGGGACAACCCACCUGAGGACAAACGGAGCCACACAGAGCCCCACCUCUAACUAUCAUCCCUGGGAGGCUCUAGGAAGGACUUUUAGGCUAAGGCUUACUCUCACUCUCUCCUCAGUUUCUCAGAGAGGGGGAAGUUUUGGUCUGACUAGAUGAUAUUAGGUUAGAAGAAGAUGGAUUCCCAGGCUAUUGUAAGUGUGAAGUAACCGCCCUGAAUUAGGUCUGAAUGUACAACCUGACCUAUGAAAGUGUGGUUUCACAGACCCCAGAAAACCCUGGGAGACUGAGUAGCUGCAGCCAUUUGAGACGUCCCCUCACUUCCAUAGUGAUUACAGGGAAGUGAAGAUUUAUUGUGAGCAAAAGACUUCAGGUUCACAAAAGGUGGAAUCUUGGGCCCUAGCAAGAGUCAAGGUGAGGACAAGAGUGAAGAUUGUGAGGGAGGACUAUGAGGAAUACCAACUCAAAAACAGAGAUCAAGGCAGUGACUCUGCAUUGAGCAACCUCCUCUGCUCACUCCUGCCUACUGCCACCAGCAAGAAACAUCAUGCCUAAGGAUCAAGAGAGUCCACAGUGUAAACAUGAUCAGCCUAUUGAUACCCAGAGUAAGACCCAGGGCCUUGAAAAUGCCCAGGUGUCCAAGGCUGUGGAGGAGACCUCUGCCUCCUCCCCCAUUCCUCUAAUGCCAGGCAACCUGAUGGAGGCUCCUGCUGCCAAGAUGCUGAGCACUCCUGAGGGUCCUCAGGGUUUCUGCUCCUCUUCCAGUGCUGUCACAGCCACCUCAUCAAGCAAACCUGAUGAGAGCUCUAGUAGCAAAGAAGAGGAAAAGAGUCCAAGCACCUCACAAGCUACAGCAGCCCCCAGGAAUAUGCCCAACGAUGCUCUCGACGAGAAGGUGGCUCUUUUGGUCAAUUUCAUGCUGUUCAAAUAUCAAAUGAGAGAGCCACUAACAAAAGCAGAGAUAUUGAAGAUUAUCAUCAAAGAAGACGAAGACCACUUCCCUGAGAUCCUCCUGAGAGCCUCUGACCGCAUGGAGAUAAUCUUCGGUCUUGAUGUGAAGGAAGUAGACCCCAUCAGCCACCGCUAUGGCCUCUUCAUCAAGCUGGGCCUCACCUAUGAUGGGAUGCUGAGUGUUGAAAAGGGUGUGCCCAAGACCGGCCUCCUGAUCCUGAUCCUGGGUGCGAUCUUCAUGAAGGGCAACCAUGCCACUGAAGAGCAAGUCUGGGAAGUGCUGAAUGUGACGGGGCUAUAUUCUGGGAGGAGGCACUUCAUCUUUGGAGAGCCCAGAGAGUUCAUCACCAAAGAGCUGGUAAAGGAAAAGUACCUGGAGUACCGCCAGGUGCCCAACAGUGAUCCUGCUCAGUAUGAGUUCGUGUGGGGCCCAAGAGCCCAUGCUGAGACCAGAAAGAUGAAGCUCCUAGAGUUUCUGGCCAAGGUUCAUGGGACUGACCCAAGUUCUUUCCCUUCUCAGUAUGAGGAUGCUCUGCGAGAUGAAGAAGAGAGAUCUCAAGCAAGAAUUUCAGCUAGGGCUGGCUCUACUUCCACGGCCACUGCAAGUUCCAGUGCCAUGUCUGGCAGAUCCUCCCACACCUAGUCAAGUCAGAGAUAGAUUCCUCAUCCCUUUGAAGAGGGCAGUUAGUGUUCAAGGAAUAUAGGCCCCGGGUGGAGUUUGGGGGAAUCAUCUAUGUGUUCCUAUUUUGUUUGUGUAACUUGACAAUUUUAUUCUUUUAUUUUUGAUACAUGUGUUAUACAAAUGUUAUGUCCUUUAAUAGAGCUUUAAUUAUCUUCAAAUUCUUCAUGUUUCAAAUGAUUUUGAUCACACAUCUAAUGCUGUUCAUGAUGUUCAAUAGUAACAAGCUCCUCUUCUGUAAAACACAUUGUAAAACCAUCUCUAUUGUUAUCUGGAACAAAAUAACAUGUCAUUGCUAAGACUUGUGCUUUAAGAUAGUUUGUAUCAAAAAUAGAAAAUAAAAGAUGAUUAAUGUUUUUUUACUUAUACCUUUUAGUUUGUUGUUUUGUGAAAUUAA